AUGAUUUCUCCGUCGAAGGGGGCGGUGGCGCACCUGCGAAGUGUCGUCGUCGCCGUCGCCGUCGCCGUCGCCACCACGUCACCGGGCCCACGUAUCUACCACUGCACAUUCGCUUCGUCAGGUCAGGUGGUGAGUGACGAUGCAUCAGCUCGGGAGCGGCCUCUACGUCUCGGGCCCCCUUCCUCCGUCGCCGCCGCCGCCGCCCCGCGAGCGCCGCCGGACUUCUCCCUCUCCUCCACCGACCACAUCCCCCUCUCCGGCGACCUCGCCCGCAUGUUCCCCUCCUCGCAUUCCUCCUCGCUCGCCCCGUACACCGGCGGCGACGGUCCCCUCUCCGGCGACCUCGCCCGCAUGUUCCCCUCCCCGCAUUCCUCCCCCCAUCUCCGCCCCCCGCCGCCGCCGCCGGCGGCCUCCUCCCCCCGUCUCCCGCAGUCCGGCCUCGUCGUCGGCCCCCCUCGUCCCUCGCCGCCGCCGUCGCCGGAGCCGAGCACCAGGAAUCCGCCGGCCGGGCCGCAGAAGAGCGAGUUCGCGUCGGGGAUUCCGAUCUGGUGCUGCUUUCUGGCGGCUGCCGCCGUCGCCGCCGGAAUCGGGAUCGGGGUGUUCGUCCUCGUGUCGGCGCGGAGGCUGGAGGUGCUGGCGGCGGCUUCGGCGGUGGCCGCGGCGGUCGGGGUGGUAGGGGUCUGGAAUUGGUGGAGCAGAGCGAGGGAGGCGGAGGGGUUCUUUCGCCGCUUCCCGGAUUCGAGCGUCGGUCGGGGUAGCCUCCCGGUUGGCGAGCUUGUUAAAAUCAGCGGG